GCGUGGUUCAGUCCCGGCAGCGGGGCCUCCGCAGCCCCCUUCCCCUGUCUUCACAUGGAAAUGGUUUCUAUUGGCCCAAGGUGUCCAUGUAAAUAGCUGUAAAUGAAACCAGAUUAUUCCUUUCUCCGAAACCCCUCCUCCCAGAGCGAUUGUCAUGUGAUAGCGAAGAGGUGGCACGUUAAUGGGGCGCCUCUACAGGGGGUCUCUUCUGCUGCUGACACUACACGGAACCUUCAGAUGCUUGGGAGGAACAUGGAAACGUCCGCAUAGCUCGUCCUGACCGCGCACGCCGGAUGACGCCCAUUCUGAUCCGCUGAUGGGACCCCUCUGACUUGUGUUCUACACCCAGGAAGAUCUGCAGCGUUGACUGCGCCUCCUCCAUCCUGACUACUUGGGUACCUCAAUGCCCAGCGUGCGGACCAUCUAAGCCCCGGUUCGGCUCACAUCAUAGAUCACAGCAUCUCUCAACGACUUGUUUCUGCGCAUCUUCUUUUUGGGGUGCAUGCCCGUAAAGAUUUGCGCGCUUUCGCUGAGGAAUUAACGGAGAAUUAUAGGUGUUUACACUUUUGAAGGAUGCCUCGCCCGGGAAGAAACACUUACAGCGACCAGAAACCGCCGUACUCCUACAUCUCUCUCACGGCUAUGGCCAUCCAGAGCUGCCCCGAGAAGAUGCUGCCGCUGAGUGAGAUCUACAAGUUCAUCAUGGACCGCUUCCCUUACUACCGGGAAAACACCCAGCGCUGGCAGAACUCCCUGCGACACAACCUGUCCUUCAACGACUGCUUUAUCAAGAUACCCCGGCGCCCCGAUCAACCAGGUAAGGGGAGCUUUUGGGCGCUGCACCCCAGUUGCGGGGACAUGUUUGAGAACGGAAGUUUCCUGAGACGUCGCAAACGCUUCAAAGUGUUGAUGGCAGCGGAGCGCCUGGCCCAGAGCAAGCAGUCGGAGGCGGCGCACUACCUCCAGCAGCAGGCCAAGCUGCGGCUCAGCGCGCUGGCCGCCACCGGGACGCACUUGCCGCAGAUGUCCGGCUACAACCUCGGGGUGUCCCAGUCGUCCACCUUUAAGCACCCCUUCGCCAUCGAAAACAUCAUCGCCCGAGAGUACAAGGUGCCGGGGAGCCUUGCGUUCUCCACCAUGCAGUCCAUGUCGGCCGGGUACCCCUUGCACAACCAGCUGACGAGCGCCUGGCCCCACAUGUACAACACCGGCGUCAUCGACACGGUGGCGCCCAUUUCCAUGGCGGGAGGCGAUUACAGCGCCUACGGCAUGCCCCUGAAGUCCCUGUGCCACGGCGGGCAGACCCUGCCGGCCAUCCCCGUGCCCAUCAAGCCCACCCCGACCUCCAUGUCGGGGUUCUCCGCCAUGCCCCCACACAUCCCCGCGUUCCUAUCAAACUCUCCGCAGUCUCUGAGCCCCACGUCCCCGCAGACCGCGACGAGCCAGAGCAGCCCCGCUACCCCUAGUGAAAGUUUGACUAACUCCUCAUCCAUGCAGUCGGUUGCCGUGCAUUGACCGGCAUGCGAUGGCCUGCGAACUCUGGGCCCGGAAAGGCCUUCAAAUCAAAUCCAAAGUUUAUUUUCAUGGCGUCGGAAAACACCAUCAGGGCGCGAAGUUGGGUGGCGUUAUCGAUCUAUUUGUAGUGAAUGUGUCGCUUUAAAUGUUGGCCAUCAUGGAGUCCAGCACAUAAUCGCACAGAUGAAUAUUGCUCUUCAAUAUAUAAAUUAUUUACUUGUUAUGUUUUAGUCCAUAGCGGUGCAGAGGAGGGUUUUACGCGCAGCCGCUGAAGGUUAAAGGGUGGGUUUCAGAAUGACAUCUAGUGCAAGUGCUGGUGAUUCUUCUUGUAAUUGUCAGUAAUCAAAGUUAUCAACCGUGUCAUCGUUUCCGUGUGACCUCUGUGUUGUCAGGAGGUCAAUUGUAAGGACAUCAAAUAGGCGAAGACAUCCCUGUAAAAAAAAAGACCACGAAAUUAUGACUUUUCUCAAAUUUGAGAAUAUUGGUGAUCAACUACAAUAUAUGUAUAUUUCAAAUUGUGUUAUUGAAAUGUUGUAAAAAUGCACUUUUAGUUUUAAUGUUUUAGAUAUAUAUUUUGAAGGAAAAAAGAGAAGUGAAGCGUUUAAUUUAAAGUGUGCGGUGACCGUGUGGAUCUGACGCUGUACGAGUCCUUUUCUGUUUGGAUAAAGCAUGCCUUCCGAAUCUGUGUUGUCGUCGUUUGUUUUUUGUUGAUGUUUUUUUGCAAGCAUGCUUGCUUUGGAAAAACGGUGCAAACUGCAUUGAAUUUAAAACCGGUCAUCCAAAUAUUUUCUCAUUAAAACUGAACAAAAUAAUCA